AUGUCGUCGUGCACCGAAGUCCAAGUUCUAGAGAACGUGUGGAUCCCCGUGGAUGCCGAAACGCGCUUGUCGGCGCGGAUCUGGCUGCCCAAGUCGUCCACUGCCAAAUUUUCGGUGGUGCUCGAGUACAUUCCGUACCGGAAAUCAGACUGGACGGCCACUCGGGAUGCGAGUAAUCACGUGUGGCUGGCCCAACGGGGAUUCGCAGUGGCAAGAGUCGAUAUUCGAGGUUCCGGCAACAGUGAAGGUCACUUUUACGGUGAAUACACUCUUCAAGAACUUCAAGACGGAGUGAUGGUCAUUGAGUGGCUCGCCAGUCAAAGUUGGUGUUCUGGUAGUGUGGGUGUGCUUGGCAAAAGCUGGGGUGGGUUCAAUGGACUGCAAUUGGCAGCCAUGGCCCCACCUGCUCUACGUGGAGUAGUAUCACUCUACUCAAUUGACGACCGGUAUGCAGACGACGUGCACUACAUGGGGGGCGCAGUAUUGGGGUCUGAAGCCUUGAGUUGGGCCACCGUUAUGUUCAGCUUGAACGCACUACUGAUGGCUCCGGAAACGGUAGGGUCGGAGGUAGCAUGGAAGCGACGAUACCAAGAAAGACUGGAGAAGCAGCUCCCGUGGCUACACGAGUGGCUAGCGCACCAAACUCGAGAUGAAUUUUGGGAACAUGGCUCCAUUUGUGAGACCUACGACAAGGUCAAGUGUCCGGUAUUGGAGAUCGGAGGCUGGAAUGAUGGUUAUUUCAACGGUGUGGCGCGGAUGAUCAAAGGGAUGAAGAAUUCUCCGAGUAAAGGCGUGGUUGGGCCGUGGAGUCACAACUGGCCGAAUAGUGCCACUCCUGGACCGCAAGUGGGUUUUUUAGAACUGUGUCGACAGUGGUGGGAGUACUCAUUAAACGAUAAAACGGACAAUUCAGCUACCAGAUUUCCGGACCUGCAGUUGCUCGUCAAAGACGAGAUCGAGAACCCGACGGCGAGGAUGUUUGAGUAUCCAGGCAAAUGGUGUGGCGUGGACGAUGUCGAGAAGCUAGAGCAGAAGUUUGUGACGUUCUACUGCUCGAGUGGAGAUGGCUACAAACUGCAGAAUACGGCGGAGCCACCCAGUACUCGUGAGCGUGUGAUCGGGUUUAAUAGCUUGCAAGGUGCGUGGAGUGGCGAGUGGCUGUCGUUUGGCGGCGAAGAUAUGCCCGGUAAUCAAUUGAAUGAGGAUGCAAUCUCUACCGGCUACUGUGUAUUCGUCAAGUCGAGCAAGCCGCAGGCCCUCAUCAUGGCGCGUUUGAGUGACGUUUCUCCCUCUGGAAAGUCGACUUUGAUCACGCGUGGUGUGCUCAAUUUGAGCCACCGUCAUGGCCACAAGCUCGACGAGCUAAGCCACAUGCCUAUUGGCGAGAAUACUCGAGUCACGUGGCAACUCAAUGCGUGCGCAUACACUCUACGUGCAAGCCACACUCUGGUGCUGUCCGUCACACCCAAUUACUGGCCGAUGGUCUGGCCGUCGCCCGAGCCAGUGGAGCUGUCAGUUUCCUUUGCUGAAUCGAAUCUGCUCAAGCUUCCUGUGCUACCUGAAGGUCCUACUCCUGUUGAGAACGCAGCGAGUUGCCCUGCUCCGCCGUUGGAGCGUAACUUGACCUUGUUGCUGUCGGAAACGGACUCGUCUCAACCCUUACAACGCCUUGUAGUCAACGAAGACCAAUGCAAAGAUUUGCUUGUUGACGAAGGAAUUGUUAUGGAAGAAACAGCGACCAAGACGUACACGAUCGACCCUCAAUGUCUCCACCCGCGUUUCGCCGACCAGGUGACUGCCGCUACGCAUGUCAACGAACUGAAGCUAAAGCAGGUCGAUUAUGCAGAGCACCCGGUACUACCAUGGAAGGUUCGCGUCGAGACAGACAGCUCCAUGGCUUCAGAUGAGACGACGUUCUUCCUCAAAGAUCACAUGAUCGUCCGUCUGAAUGAAGAGGUUUUCUUUGAAAAGACGUGGGAGAAGGAGAUCCCGCGCCAGUUUGUGUAG